AUGCUGAAGGAAACAGAUAAAGUGGAUGAUGGGUUGGUUGACAAUCAAAAGGUUAUACUUCAAAGUACUUCAUAGGAUCUCAGGAUAAGUCUUCUUUUGGAGUCCUUGGCUAUUCAGAAGACCCAGCAGAACCCCCAACCCACACUGCAUGAGGAUGUUUUCCUGUAUGUCGAGGAGACAGUAGAUACACUCUGUGAGGAGGGCAAGAUGAGCCAUAACCACUGCCUGAAAUGUGGCUCUCACAGAACAGCUCCCAUUGAGUUCAUCUCUCACUCUUCCAUACUGGAGCUCCAGUUCCUGUUCCAGCAUGUCCUACCAGUGACUGGGAGACUAGAGGUGGACAAUAUUGCAGGAAAAUCAGUUUCAUGAAUGAUUUGGCACAAAAGUAUUUACUCUUCCAGUCAUCUGUUUGUGCUUCAGGGGUACCUGUACAGCUCUGCAGCUCCGCUUGUUGGGAUAGAGAUCAGUGCAGAGUUUAUCAGGCUUCAAAAUAUGGCUGUGGAGAAGAAUGGCUUCAGUGACCGAAUACAGAUAAAGUGAUCAUUAGUCAUCCAUGCAAAUAACAUGACUCAGGAUUCCCUGUUACAGAAUUCAGAUGUUCUCAUCAUGAACAAUGUGUUUGAGUACUUUCUACAGCCCAAUGAUCAAAUGAAGUAG